AUGCGAGUGGACGGAAAGGCGAUGCGCGGCGCAGUAAAUGUCUCGUGCAGUCCAGAUGGGCGUUGCGUUGACGGAACGGGCUUGUAUCGGAUCGGCGUGCGUCGGAUCUAUAAACUGGCCGUUAAAUCUCGCGGCCCGAUGGCCGUAAAUCUGCCGGGCGCGCGCGACUUUUACGACGGACUUUCGCCCCACCCACCUGGGGCUUUGUGGCCUCUCAACCAUCGAUCCCCCAUAAAACGGGGCGUGAUGGUGCACCGGCGUCUUUGCCCGGAGGCCCUCUCCUGUGCCGGGUUGCGUUUUAAACUGGCCGAUCGCACCGCGCGGUCGACCGCUCGCGGCCGUCGUAAACUUUAUAUGAGCGAUACAUGGAUUUCUAUUGCCUGUAAAAAUAUU